GGGAGGGUGUGUCGCUCGGAAAUGUGUUUUAUUUAAUUUUUAUUUAUUUGUUCGUGAUUUAAGAGAAAUUUUGGUAAAGAUUAUAAUUAAAAAUGAUCGGCACUGAUUACACUUUGGAACUGUGCAAUGUGUUUCACUCUGGACAAGUGGAACCUGGCAGCUUCUUCCAGCGAAUGACAGGAGCUGUGAAGACAGGAGUCAUCCUCAAAGAUGUCUCCUUUACAACUCACAGCGGGGAAGUCACGGCUAUUUUAGGGUCUAAAGGUAGCGGAAAACGCGCCCUUCUCGACGUCAUCGCUCGCAGGGUCCCUUCCAAAGGCCACAUCGUCCUGGAAGGCGUACCUUUAGAGGAAGAGCAGUUCAACAACACAUGUGCUCUGGUGCGGCACUCCACGCGGCUGCUGCCUGGUCUUACUGUGCAGCAGACCUUAGCCUUGUCGCUCACUAAACUUUCAGGUUACCUGAAAUCAUCUAAAGUGAAGCAGGUUAUGGCAGAUUUGGCGCUUUCGCAAGUCGCCAAUAAGGACGUCACAAAUCUCACUAAGAGCGAAUACAGAAGGCUGGUCAUAGGGACACAUCUGAUACGUGAUCCAAUAAUCCUGCUCCUGGACGAACCGACGUGGGACCUGGACCCCCUGAACACGUACCUGGUAAUCUCAAUCCUCUCGAACGCCGCUAAGAAAUAUGGCACUGCGAUCAUACUCACCAUGGAGAAGCCAAGAUCUGAUGUAUUCCCGUUUCUGGAUCGCGUAGUGUAUCUAUGCCUUGGUGACGUGGUGUACGCCGGCCCCACCAGAAACCUGCUGGACUAUUUCAGCAGUAUUGGCUUCCCGUGCCCACAGCUCGAAAACCCAUUGAUGUAUUAUUUAUGCCUAUCAACAGUAGACCGUCGGUCCAGGGAACGUUUCAUAGAAUCAAACCACCAGAUAGCCUUGCUCGUGGAGAAGUUCAAGCUGGAAGGUCAGGGCAUCAUGCAAGGCAACCUGAACGAGCAUAGUCGGAUCGUGAACCCUAAUAAGAUCCAGCUUAACUACGGAAAGCCAGGAGGGUUUAGAGUUAUUUGGCUGUUGUACGUGAGGAUGUUGACAUCAAUAUUCAACUUCAAGAACAAUGGACUGAAACAAAUGUUCAUGAGAUUAUUUUCCCUGCCUAUUUAUUUCUUCAUACUGUGGUUAUUCUACAACGAAGCUAAGGAUUAUCAAAGGGCCUUUAUAACAAAAAGUGGAUUGAUUUUCAACGCGAUGGUCGGCACUUACUUCAUCAGCAUUAUGAACACCAUAUGUCUAUUUGGUCCGUACCGGACGAGGUAUUACCAGGAAUCUCAAGAAGGGCUGUACAGUGGAGCCAGUCUCCUACUAUCUUGGAACUUAGUGUCUCUACCAUUCUCCUUCAUCAGCGCAUUUGCUUCGGCAGCCGUCAUUUAUCCGAUCCUAGGGGACAUCACAGAAACCAUCGACUACUUGUACUUCGCCCUCGUGUUGUGGUCGUGCUACGUUUACACUGAACAACAGACGAUUGCCGUUAUGAUGUUCGUGAAGAACGGCCUUAUAGCCGCUAUAGUCAGCAUCUAUAUUACUUGUAUCUAUGUCAUGCUGGCGAGUGGCGUCCUCAGAUCAUACAAAGGCUUCGAGGACUGGCUCUUCUACAUCACUUACGUGACGCACACCCGCUACGCCUCCAUCUACCUCCACCGCAACGUCUUCCGGCAGCCCACCUUCAACGUCCUCCCCUACAGCGACCAAGAGAACUGCACAUCCAUCACCAGUCUAAUCCAAACCUCAUUUAGUCUCAACACGAAUUCGAACGCUAACUGUAGAUACGCCAGUGGCAAAGCCUUCCUAGCUGAAAGAUUUACGUCCAAAAAUUUCGCUGGAGAUAUGUACGCAGCGGGGGAUUUCAAUCCGGAAUUCAAUCUUGGCAUCUCCUUCGCGUUCUCCGUUGGUUUUAUAGUUUUAAACAAGUUCUUGUAUUUAAUGCCGCUACCGUCGUUCGUUACGGAUAAGUUCAGAGAGUAAUUGUUAAGAAGCUGAAGAUGAGGUACCGUCCAUUAUUUAUAGGGUCUAAUUAUUGUUUUAAGUAGGUAUUUACUAAUACUUAGUUGAUACAUUGCAAUGUAUGAAAAAUAUUUAUGAUUGUGUUUUGAGUUACAAUAAAAAUUAAUAACUUAGAUGAUGUAUUUUAUUUUCAAUUUUGAUCUAGUUUUAUUAUAAAGAGAAAAUGUUUUUGGUUUGUAAAGAAUUGACUUAACUCUACAGUCUACACCAUUUGAUAAAAUUUGGCAAUGAAAGGCAGAUUUAAAGAAGUAACAUAAGCUAAUUUUA